GUCUUUCCCUCUUUCUCAGCCUCACGUUUCUCAUCUAAGAUUCGCAGAGAACCGCCGAUACUCCUCCGUCUUCUUUGCCGGUGACUUUCGCUUCCUUUAACUUCCGAUUAAAACUAUGAGCCUUCGUGUGGUAUCCUCCGUAUUCUAUCGCCUCCCUAACCUCCACGAGACUCGUUCUCUUCUUCGCUCUAUAUUCUUCAUCCACGGGAACAAACCUGCGUGUAUCGGUCGCCGAAGACCGAUUCUACACUCAUCCUAUAGCCGCCGGAGAAGUGACAGUGUUAGUGUUGGCGCCGCCGCCGAUGUUUCGGAAUCGCCUUCUUCGUCUCUUCUGGACGACGAGCUUUUGAGCAGCGUAUCCGCCGUUAGAGAUGCGGAUGAAGCGCUGGAUAUGAUUUCUGAUCGAUUCGGAUCCGAUCGCGGCGGAAUCGUUGAAAUCGAAGAUUGCCGUUCGAUUAUCUCCGCCGCUGUCAGUCGUGGCAAUGUCGAGCUUGCUCUGUCGGUUUUCUACGCCAUGCGAGCGAGUUUCGAUUUAGGUGGGAGUGAAAAUGAUCGAUGGAGAUGGUCAAGGCCUGAUGUUGAAGUCUACACGAUGUUGGUUAAUGGUCUUGCUGCUUCAUUGAGAGUUUCUGAUUCUCUAACGAUCAUCAGAGAUAUUUGCCGUGUUGGAAUCUCCCCUGCUGAGGAGGUUCCCUUUGGUAAAAUUGUGAGAUGUCCGAGCUGUUUGAUUGCCAUUGCUGUUGCACAACCCCAGCAUGGAGUUCAGAUUGUCUCCUGUGCUAAUUGCCGUUACCAAUACGAGCUUUUCUCUGGUGACAUAACCAGCAUGGAAUCAGAAGAGCUCGGCAAGGACAUUCCUCUGUGGGAAAAAGGGCUCAGACUAAUCCAGAUAAAGAAGAACAAGCUCACAUCUUCUGUGCAUUCUAUUGUGGUACAAACUCCUUCUGGUACAGCACGAACGCACCGGUUUGCCACUGAGACAGCCGAGCUCCCAGCGCAAGAAGGAGAAAGAGUGACAAUUGCAUCUGCUGCUCCUUCAAAUGCUUACAGACAAGUGGGACCUUUCAAGUUUAUUCCCAAAGCUCCAAACCUUUACCCUGGAGAACCCAUGAGUCUCACAAAGCACAAGGACGGACGAGAAUCGCUUUUGCUAAGACCUCCUCCUAGUAAAGACGGAGAUAAAUCCUCGUUUCUCAUUCCCCUUGUUGCUGUUUUGGCUACUGGAGAUGCUGCUUCUGGCAUUAUUGAUCCCGGUUUGCCUCAGUUACUCUCAGUUGCUGCUGUUACAUCACUGGCAAUCGGAGCAACCUUUAAUUCUUUUGUCCUUCCUCAGCUUAAUCAGCUACCUGAACGGACAGUGGAUGUGAUUGGUAUCAAACAGCAACUUUUAUCUCAGUAUGAUGUGCUGCAGCGUCGAAUAAGAGAUCUCAAAGAGGCUGUUGAGAAAGAGGUGUGGAUGUUGGCUCGAAUGUGCCAGCUCGAAAACAAAAUUUUAGCCGUGGGAGAGCCAGCUUACCGAACUCGAAGAACAAGAGUAAAGAUGGUACGAGAAAGUCUGGAAAACUCCAUAAAGGGAAAGAUUGAGCUGAUUGAUAGCUUCGCCAGAAUAUCAUCAAUGAUUGAGAUCGAGGUGGAAAUGGACAGUGAUGUUCUUGCAGCCGAGGCAGUGAACAAUACUGAAAACAUUGCGCAACAGAUAGAGCAGAUGAUGGAACUCGAGAACCUUGAAGAGAAAUGGAAAUUACAGGCUGAAGCAAACGAUGAGGCCGAGAGACUUCUCAGCUCUCAGCCUUAAGCCCGUAUAUCAACAAACAAAUUCGGUCAAAACUUCUGGAGCAUCGCUAAAAGUUAAAGUUUCUUUUGUCGGUCGCUACAAGUUAAUUUCUCUUAGCUAAAUAAUAUAUGUAAAAUAUAUAGUUUAAUAAUCACCGGAAUCUCUAUUUUCGUUGUAUAGAGUUUAUAUGAUUUGUAUGCUUUGGGAUUGUUUCUUGUCUGUUUUAUUUAUUCCUGGUUAAUUAU